AUGGCAAUCCCAGUCGAAAAUGGCUACUCCAACACCGCACCCCAAUUCAAACCCGAAUCCCUCCCACCACCAAAACCAAAACAAACCUCCCAAUUUCAACCCCAAUCCGAUAAACAAUCCAAAAUCGAAUACCUACACAACCUCAUAUACACCUACAUCAACCCCCCCGCCACCGCCGCCCUAACAAACCUCCAAAACCACUUCAACGCCCACCCGCUCCUAACAACCUUCCUCGUCGCCCAAUUCCUAACCUCUAUUCUACCGCUCCUCCUUUUUACGACUGGCGUGUUGACGGCUGGCCUCGUUUCGGCGGGGUUAUUUGCGUUUUUGGGAUUACUGGUGUUGGGGCCGGUUCUGGUGAUUACGGGUGUGUUAGGGGUUGUGGCUUGGGGAUGGGGAUGGGGGGUGUUUCUGGUGGGGAGGUGGGUUUGGGGGAGUUAUGCUGAGAGAUACCGCGGUGGUUAUGGGGAGGGGGGUAUGUUAAGAGGGAGAAUGGGGUGUUGA